AUUCAUAAAAAUUGCGAAAACAACAUUGACGCCAGUGAUGAUUCCAAACGUAAUUUUCAAAUUUUUGAAAAAGCUUUAUUUUCUUUGAAAAAAAUCUUAUUAGUGUUAUUUUCUCGAAAAUAAUUUAUGCAUAGAAAAAGAUUUUUGCAAAAUUUGAAAAAGCCGACUCCUCGUUUAAACCUCCAUUUUCAAAAUAAACUUUGUUCACAAAAAUCGGUCAAGUAUUAUAUACUUGAACUUUUGUUGGAAUUUUUGUUGGCGUCAAACAUAAAAGCAGGGUUAGUGAACAGCUUAAAUCAUUAAAAUAUUACAUUUAUGUUUUUUGAAUAUUUAUCUAUUUUACUGUAUAGAGAUAACAAAAAACAAGUAUAAAAUUGAAUAAUGAAAUUAUUAAAUAAAAACGGCAUAAUAUUUUAGAAGUUUCAUAGGUUCGAAAAAAACCGUUAAAAUGAGUGUAAAAAUGAGAAUAUAGGGGUCGUUAAAGUAAAUACAUUUUUUGCCUGAACAUUAUUGAUUGUACCUAAUCUUUUACAAUACUUUUAUGUAUUAGUAAUAUUUUUUCACGAAGUAGAUUAUAGAUAUUUACUUUUUUGUUAGUAUUCAUAUAGUGAAUUGUAAAUAUUUAUUUUGAAAGUAUAGAAUAGAUGGAACAUAUUUGUUGAUUUUUCACAAUGACAAGCAUACCUGACUUCACAGCAGAAACUGCGAAAGCUGCAUUGACUGAUAUUUUAGCAGCUUUAAAUACACCUCAAAAUAUUCAAAAGCUUACAGAAGUGAAAGAGAAUUCCGGAAAUGAAAUGUUAAAAAUGAUGCAGUUUGUAUUUCCAAUUGUAACUCAAAUACAAAUGGAUGUUAUUAAGAAUUAUGGAUUUUUAGAAGGACGAGAAGGUACUGUACAAUUUGCUCAAUUGAUUAGAACAUUAGAACGAGAAGAUCCAGAAGUAGCACAAUUACAUAGUCAAAAAGACUGAGAUGAUAAUAAAUAAAUUAAGUUGUCUUGCAAAAAAUAAGUUUUUAUAAAGCAUUUUAUAGAAUGUUUUAUGAAGAAAAAUGAGAGAAGUUGAAAUUAUAUAUUUAUUGAGAAAACUUAGAAAUUUUUACAUUUAUUUGUUUUAUAAUAUUAAUGAUAUAAUAAUCUACUAAAAUAUAUAAUAUAUUUUUUUCAUAAUUGUUCUUUGAAGUUUUUUGAACUUACAGUAGCUCUAAAACUAAAAAGUAAUCCAGUGUUCGCAUAAGAAAUGAAAUUGUAUUCGAAUUGUUAGAUAAAACAAGCAUAACAUAAAUAAUCUUUAUAUUAAAUUCUAUGAAAAACUAUUAGUGUGUAUAUAUAUAUAUAU